UUUAAACAUCUAUUAUUUUCGAUUUUUAUUAAACAUAAUGAUUUAAGAUUUUUAAAAUAUUAAAAUUAUAAUUUUUGAUUUACCAAAUUCUAUAUAGCGUCACUAAUCAAAAUUUGGAAUAUUUUAUGAUUUUGAUAAAUCUUUAAACUUAAUUUUAGAUUCUAACAAUAUACCCGUUCUUAUGUUCGUUAUAUGGCAUCUCAUUUUUCCCACUAUUUUCAAUAUAGAAAUCGUGUGGUACACUUUAAAUAUCAAAUAUCGUAAAAAUUAUUCUAUACUUUAUCUGUAAUUAUAUAUAAUCUAAAUUCAUGUAAUACAUCAGUAUCAUGUAUACAUCAAUAAUCAGCUGUUCAACUAUGUCAUUCAUAUUUUUUGUACAUGAUUACCUAUUGACCAACAUAAUACCGAAGCACAGUAUAAUCAGUUGUUGAUAUGUUUUAGAUUGAAUAAAUAUUUUUAAAUAAUUUUUAUAACAAUUAAUAAUUGACAGUGAGCUUCUGCAUAAACACGAAAUUUGUAGCAUAAAAUUAUAGUAUUAUCAAAGUUAUAUAAUAUCAUAUACAUUGCUAGAAAUUCUACAAAAGGAAUAGUGUGAAGAGGUUAGAUUUAUAUAUGUUCGUUUGACAGCAUAUGAAGAAUUUUCAGAAAAAUAAUGGGUCAAACACUUAGUGAACCUGUGACAGCUAAGAAUUUAGCAUGCUGUAGAAAUUCAAACUAUCGAGUUGGAAGUUCUUGUAUGCAAGGUUGGCGUAUCAAAAUGGAAGAUUGCCAUGUACAUAUACUUUCAUUACCUGAUGAUCCUGGUACUGCAUUUUUUGCAGUAUAUGAUGGUCAUGGAGGUGCAGCAAUGGCACAAUAUGCUGGAAAACAUCUUCAUGAGUAUAUAACUAAAAGAAGUGAAUAUAAAGCAGGUAAUAUUAUUCAAGCAAUACAACAGGGUUUCUUGGAAUUAGAUAGAGCAAUGCAAAAUGAUGCAGCACUUAAAGAUGAGCAAGCAGGAACUACUGUUAUAGCACUUCUUAUAAAGGAUAAUGUUAUAUAUAGUGCAAAUGCAGGUGAUAGUAGAGCAGUGGCAAGUAUAAAUGGCAAUGCUAUUCCACUUAGUCGUGAUCAUAAACCAACAUUGAAGGAUGAACGUGAAAGAAUUGAAGCUGCUGGUGGUUGGGUUGAAUUUAAUAGAGUUAAUGGUCAACUAGCAUUAACUCGUGCUCUCGGUGAUUUUAUGUUCAAACGAAAUGAACGUAAAUCUCCGCAAGAACAAAUCGUUACUGCCUUUCCUGAAGUUCAAGCUUUUCAAAUAACAGAAGAUUGGGAAUUUGUUGUUUUGGCAUGUGAUGGUAUUUGGGAUGUAAUGACAAGCAAUGAAGUAGUUAAUUUUAUAAGAACACGUUUAGUUCAGUCGAAAUUCGGAACAAGAUUAGAACAAGACACAUUGGAUCCUGAAGAAAUUUGUGAAGAACUUAUGAAACAUUGCCUUGCACCAGAUGCUUUAAUGGGUACUGGUUGUGAUAACAUGACAGUCGUUCUUGUAUGUUUUCUUCAUGGAAAACCAUAUUCUCAUUUGAUUUCACGCUGCAAAGAAUCCAUUAGUACAAAUUCUUAGUCACUUAAAUUAUUAAUAUUUUAUGUCGAUUAUUUUUAAAAAUUCUUUAUAUUUAAUUUUACAUCAUAAUGAAAUAGUAUUUCAUCAUCACAUUUCAUCAAAAGUUAUAAAAUUUACUAAUUUUUUUAUGAACUCUUAUUGUUUUUAAGUUUUAUGAACACAAAUUUUUUAAGAAAUGAUUGAUCUCUAUUAACAGUAUUUUUCUCAUCAUAUAAUUAUCAUGACAUCUUAUUUAUAAUUUCAAAAAACAAAUUACAAAAAGAAACUGAAUUACAAGUUUUUAUUUACAAUUUCAAACAAUGGACAAGCAAUGUCCAGAUAUAAGUUUAGUAACAACUUCAAUAAAAUGCAGUAAGUUUUCAUUCAAAGUCCAUAGCGGUCUUGUAAAGAAGAAACAGCCGCAUUGGCAAGAGAACUCAAUCUGCCUGCAACUUUAUAUACUCCUUGACGUACACUUUCUCUAACAUCAUCUAAAUCAACAUCAGCUCUUCCACCACUAAGACGCAUUGACAAAGAAGCAGUGGGAGAUGUUGCUGUAGAAUUUCCUGUGCCAAAAUAAUCAGCUGAUGAAAUACUAGAAGAACCUUCAAAACGUCGCAAAUUACUUUUACGUUCCCACUGUAAUUAAAAUGAUAUCAAAUUUUAUUUUAAAUAGAAAAAUAUAAAAA